AUGGAAAACAGACAUACUGGAAUACAAAAUAUACAACCUGCUGGACCAUCUGGAAUACAAGAUAUACAUACUCCCCAAUCAUCCGAAACACAUGCAAAGGUAGAAACACACUCACACUCACAUACUCUACCAUUAAAUUUAGGUAGAACAACAGGAACUAUCGUCCCUGGUUCUGGGGAUGGUUUAGGUAAUGGGGAAGAAUGUUUUUUAUGGAGUGAUUUACCUAUGAAUAAAGGAUAUAGAUACCUAUUCUGUUCCCCUUCCCCAACCUAUUCCCCAUACCAACCAUUCUAUCGUACUCUCCCACCUACAUCUCCAUGUCCACCAGUCCAUCUUUCAUUCCUAGAUAGAUCACCUUUCCUACGUCUCUCUUCAACAGGUUUAACAUGUACGGCCGAAAGAGGUUUUCGAUCAGCUAGAUCAAACGUCUCUGUUAGACGUGGGACAUGGUAUUACGAAACUACAAUACUUCGUGGUGUUGGUUCUUCAGGUGGUUCAGGUGGUUCUUCAUUCGAAAAUGGUAAUCCUCAUAUUAGGAUAGGUUGGGGUAGAAGAGAAGCUAAUUUAGAAGCACCGGUAGGUAUGGAUGGUUAUUCUUAUUCUAUCAGAGAUGUAGGUGGUGAGAAAGUACAUAUGUCGAGGAUAAAAGAGUAUGGGAGAAGUUUUGAGGAAGGUGAUGUGGUGGGAUGUUUGAUUGGAGGGAGAGGUAUAGGAAGUCUUAGUAAAGCAGAGUUUAACGGAAUCCAUAGGAAACGUGUUGUCAUAAAAUUCAAAGGAGGAACAUAUUUCGAAAUGGAAGAAUAUCCCGUGGUCAAAGAAAUGGAGGCUUUGGUCGAUAGAGAAGGUAAGUUAUCAACUUUAUCGAAAUCUAUCAGACAAGAAAAUUCUCUUUCUUCAACGGAUCAUACGAACAGAAUGACCAAAAAUACCAAAAGACCCAAUCCAGGACCGCCGACAACAGCGAAGGCCAUUUCCCCACCUGUUUUGAAAGGUAGCAGGAUAGAAUUCUUUUUGAAUGGUCAAUCAUUAGGUGUGGCAUUUGAGGAUUUGUUCGAUUUCGCUUAUUCCUCUCGACAUCAAGAUCACACCGUUGAUCAUCAAGGUGGAAAAACCGAAAUCUACGACGAUGGAACAUUAGGUUAUUAUCCAAUGGUAUCUUGUUUUGGAAAAGGCAAACUUCGAGUGAAUUUCGGUCCUGAUUGGGUUUAUCCACCUGAAGGAAAAAACGACAGAGUCCCGAUAGUGGCCAAAGCGAUGAUACAUCGUUAUUCAGAAUUCAGGAAAGAAGAAACAGCAUUAGACGAAAGAGAUGAA